AUGCCUGCCCGUCCGGUCACCAGAGGGUCCAAAUCCGGGGUAAAGCCGCCUCGCCCAAAAGGAAAGCCAACAGCGAAGACGAGGGCGACGACCAGCAGCGCCGGCCCAACGAAGAAGGUCCCUCGCUCGAGGACCUUUACAGGCUGCCGCACCUGCAGGAGUCGCCAUCUCAAGUGUGACGAGACCCGUCCAGUAUGCUCGUCCUGCCGCCGCCUCAAUCUUGUCUGCGAGGGUUACGAUGGCCAGCUCCUGUGGGUUCCGGACCCCCUGUGCUCCGCCGAGCAGAAGCAUGCCCAUCGCGGCACAUCCUACCGGUACCCGCUUUUUACCGAAAAGGAGAGGAAGACGAUGAGUGUCGAGAUUGUGACCAGCAUGGGGCACCAGUCUGCCGGGGACAUCGUUCUUGAUCUCGACGAGAAGAGCGUCCACGCCGACGACGCGCAUGUAGCUGGCCCGUUUGGCGUGUUCAGGGCCUUUGACGGCUCUACGGAUACUGGGUCUUCGCCGUUGCAGCAUUCUGUUUCUGAGAGCUCACCUAAUACCUCGCCCUCUGAUGCCUUGCCAGAGAUAAUUGUUGGCGAGCUCGAUGAAGACAUCGAGGAGGUUGUAAUUGAGCCUUGGUCUGUUGACGACAACUCGCUGGCCAUGGAGCCAUACUUCUUGCCUGGGCCGUUUGACAAUUUUAGCACCGAUGGCAUGAUCGACAACAUGAGCCAGCCGUGGAUGCACGGAGAAGGGACGGGAAGUUUUCCUCUUCCAGAUGAGCAGGACCUGUCGAUCUCGCGCAAAGCUCCGAGCCCUUUCACUAACAAUAUGCCGGGUAUCGAACCAUAUUUGCCGUCACAUGCCGCUUCCCUCUUACGAUACUAUAAAACCAUGGAAUCAUCAUCGUCGGUCAAGGGUAUGAGGAUAUCACCAUGGCAGCUUUGGCUUCUCCCUUGCGCUCUGGAAACCUUUGCCGAACUGUCUCUUUGGAACACCACUUCGCAUACCCGACACAGUAUCUUGUGUACACUAUUAGCAAAAAGUGCUUUUCAUAUGCACCAAUCGUCGAACAAAGGAAGCCAAAAGCCAACAACACAGUGGCAAGAUAUUGGACAGAACUAUCAAAAGAGUGCCCAGUCACAUCUUAAGAUGGCUUUACAGGGCGAGUCUGAUCAGGCAAGUCAGGCCAAGUACAACGAGAUACUUAUGGCCAUUCUUGCUACAGCCAUGGUAUCGGUCCUAUACAACGGUUCUCGUGCAGUAAAGAUCUUCCUCCUUGACGCCGAACGCCUCAUCCGCCUCCGCGGCCUCGCGAUGCCCAAAUCCUUCAACAUCCGUGUCCUACAUCACGUCUAUACACACCUCCGUGUCAUCGCAGAGAGCACAGACAUUGCCAUAGACUCUGCGAAAUCCCAAGCGCAGGCAGCAACCGAGAUGGCGGUCUCGCUACGCAAGUUCCGUAUUGCAGAAGACUCUCUAGGCGCCGACCUCGACCUGUCGCGGGAGAAGCCCGCAGAGGUCGGCUAUGCGGAUAUCCAUCUCGAUGUUUCUGGACAUUGGCCCGUGACGAUGUAUCCAGAGAUCUAUGGUGUACCAGAGUCGCUGAUGACGCUGCUAUCGCAAACCAUUAGCUUCGCCAAUGAAAAGACGAAGUUGGAGGCCAUGGCCAUGUACGAUCACCGCAUUUCCAUGGCCUUGUCACGGCACAUCAAACAGCUAGAGCAGAAUAUCUGGUCCUGGUCGCUCGGCUCAUCAGACAUGCAGAGCGGACCAAGCCGACCACGAGAACUCGUUACCCAGGAGACGAAGCUCGUGGACCACCCCCUCAUCAGAUCCCUGACACUUGCAAUGCAUCAAGCGCUCAUCAUCUACUUCUACCGUCGCGUCUACAACAUGAGUGCAAUGGUAAUUCAGGACUCCGUACGCAAGACACUGGACUUUAUUCAGCCGUGUCUAGAAGAGACAGCGGACGAUCACGACUUUGCGACGAGCAUCGGUUGGGCAGCAUUUAUUGCCGCGUGCGAGGCUACGACGCCUGACUUACAAGAGAGGGGCCUCAAAGUGCUUCAGACGAUUGAUAAUAGUGGCGUGAUAUUUGGCACCGAUAAACCUAGUGUUUUGGCUCAGAGUGUGUGGGACAAGAGAACGGAGACAGGUGAUUGGACGUUGAGCUGGCCGGAUAUAAUGAAGACUAUUCCGAGGUGA